AGUGACACCUCCCUCGGGCCCAGGCUCUAUAAGUACAAAGGCAGAAACGACUAUCUUCUUCGAGCCGGGCUUGCCAGGCUAGCAAGAAAACACCUCACCAUUCUCGAACAUAGACGACGCCGCUUCGAAAUUGAGCAAUUUUAAUCCAAAAAUGAAUCUCUCUUUGGGUUAGAACUCUCUGGGAAUUGGGAUGGUCUGCUCGGUGGAAGGCAUUCUCCUUGGGCGGUCAUGGUCUAUUCAUUGGCCACCGCGAAACAAGAUGGGCGAUUUCCGAAUUGCAAUGUCCAAUCGAAGCAUGGAUCUAAUAGCAGCGAUUUCCUUCAGGAGCUGAUCGCAGGCUAGCUUGCGCUUCAGCUAAACUUCGGUGACAUGCCGUUGUGGAGGAGGUGUAUAAAAGGGCCACCGGUCUCCUUGCUAACUCCAGCCUUUGACUUGCUUCAAGUUUCGAACAUGACCUUCAUCCUUCCUGGUGUUAAAUCUUCAAGCUUCCGAGCUCCACCUAAGAAAGUGAAAAUCCUUGUGAUUGGAGGUGGUCCGGCCGGUAGUUAUGCUGCCUCAGUUCUCGCCUUGGAAGGCCUUGACGUUGCUGUCUGCGAAUAUGCCAAGUUUCCUCGCUAUCAUAUUGGAGAAAGCUUGUUGCCGUCCGUCCGAAACUAUCUUCGAUACAUCGGCGCCGAAAAGAAAGUCGUAGACCAUGGUUUUACUCGCAAGCCUGGUGGUGCCAUCAAGUUUAACCAACAUAAAAAAGAAGCGUAUACGGACUUUGUCGCCAUUGGUCAAGAGAACAGCUCGUGGAAUGUUGUUCGAUCCGAAUUCGAUGAAUUACUCUUGAAGCACGCCCGUAGUUGCGGCGCCUCCAUCUUCGAGCAAACGCGGAUUACAUCUCUUACGUUUGCGAAAGACGACCCUACUCGGCCAGUAUCGGCAACCUGGGUUUACUCCCCAUCACCCGAUGCGAUUUCCAACAGCCCAAAGGAAACCUUUGGGACAAUCGAUUUCGAUUAUCUUAUUGAUGCAUCUGGCCGUGCAGGUAUUAUGUCAACCAAGCACCUGAAGAACCGAUACUUCAACCAAUCUCUCAAAAAUAUCGCCGUGUGGGGAUAUUGGAAGAACGUCGGAAGUUAUGGCUGUGGUACGCCGAGAGCAGGUGCCCCGUACUUUGAGGCAUUGAAAGAUGAGUCCGGAUGGGCAUGGUUCAUUCCCAUCAACAACGGCACGACUUCGGUUGGUAUAGUUCGGAAUUUGAGGAUGCAUAAUGAAAGCAAGCCCUCGAAAGCCCAUCCCUUCGUCGAAUCUGCGGUACCCAAUCCGAAGAGCUCUACCAUGGUCGCCCAUUAUGCAUCGAACCUGUCACUUGUACCAGGAAUUGUCGACCUCAUCACUAAUGACGGUGUACUUGUAGAAGGGAGUGUGAAAAGUGCAAGUGACUUCAGCUACUCUGCACCUGUCUAUGCAGGGAAUGGAUUUAGGAUCGCUGGGGACGCAGGAGCGUUUAUCGACCCAUUCUUCUCGAGUGGCGUCCAUCUAGCGCUUACCUCGGCUCUGUCUGCCGCUGCGAGUAUCUGUGCAUCUAUUCGCGGGGAUUGUUCUGAAACGGACGCCGCGACUUGGCACACGCACCGUUUUUCAGCGAGUUACACAAGAUUUCAACUCGUUGUUUUGAGUGCAUAUAAGCAACUCCGCGCACAGAAUCUGGACAUUCUUUCUGAUGUUGAUGAGGACAACUAUGAUCGGGCUUUCGCAUUCAUACGGCCCGUCAUUCAAGGAGGCGCCGAUGUGGGAGUUCGAUUAUACGAACGCGAGCUGUCUGAAUGUCUCGACUUUUGUGUCAAGUUAUUUAACCCAACUUCCCCGGAGGACCACACGCGUCUUCGCGAAGACCAGAAUGUCGGACCAGAACUACUCGAUUUGACCGCUCCCGUCACUGACAUCACUGUUCUCGAAAAUGCUCUCCGGGUCCCGCCCAGUGCCUCAACUGAUAUAUCUAAGGUGGAAGAAGAACUGGCGAAAACGAAAGAUGUAUUGGAGAAGGUCAAUUCUCGACGUGUUCUUCAGCCAGAAUAUUCAACAACAAGUUUCGAAUCGGAGGUCCUUGGAGGAUAUCGCGUGCGAUUGAAACAGGGGAGUCUAGGUCUUGUAUGUAUGAAGGCUUGAAACCGUAGUGUCCCUGAAGAAUUUAUUAUUCAUCCUAUGGUUA